AUGGCUGCGAAGAUUGUCUUUGUUUUCUUGACGAUGUUAUUGAUAUUGGUAAUAGUGCAGUCUAAACUUGUCAGUCUCGAGCCAACGUCCAGAGCAAGCUCUCAACAGAUGGAUGGAUACCCAACAUGGUUUAAGCUGGCAGAUGAAAAACUUGUAGCUUCAGGUGGUGGUGAAAUUAAGCCUAAUGUGGUUGUGGCAAAGGAUGGGAGUGGUCAUUUCGAAACUAUCAAUGGGCGGUGGCGGCAUACCCACCCAACCACAAAGGAAGCAAACGAGGCAGAUGGCUUCCUCGCUCGUGGAAUAACUAUAAAAAAUGAGGCAGGCCCAGAAGGGCGGCAAGCCAUUGCAUUCCGGUCGUCAGGUGACAGCAAAGGAUUGGUUCUCCAGAAUUGCACGAUUGUCCCGGAUGAUUUUUUGCGCCCAUUUAGAUUUUUAGUUAGAACUUAUUUGGGCCGCCCCUGGAGUCGUACAGCUCGGACUGUGGUGAUGCAAAGCUACUUAGAUGAUUUCAUCGACCCACAAGGUUGGACAGUAUGGGAAGGCAAUGCGAACCAUAAAACGUGUGAGUUCUUUGAGUUUUCGAACCAUGGGCCAGGAGCCAAAAUUGACAGAAGAAACAAAACACUUUUCCCGAAAUUCCGAGUGCUGCCAACGUCGGAGGCCAUCAAUUAUACUGUAGACCGAUUCUUUGAAGGUGGGAGCUGGUUGACACAGACUGGGAUCCCUUACAACCCAGGACUCUAA